UGGGAUUCCACUUUAUUGUUAUAGCUUAUAAUAAUUAGAACCUCGAAACCCUGCCAAAGUCUACUUCUAUUCCUUCUUCUAUCAAAUAAAAUCAAAUGCUUUCCAUUUUUCCAACACUGAACGAGCUUUUCUUUUUCCUCAACUGCUCCUGCGUACUGAGGUGAUCUUGGAAAGAAAAGAUCAGGGGGAUUUUUGCAUUUCUCUACAAGGGUUACACCGAAGGCUCUGCUCAAAAUAUGACUUGAAGAAGCUGUAGAGAGUGAAAAGGCUGACAUCCAUUCUAGCCCUUCUCUGCUCCUGACCCUAACUUGGAUGCGUCGUUGGCAUUUAAUCCUAGGUAGCCUUUUCUGCUUCUACCUGUUCUGUGUUUAAGGAGUCUAAAACCAGGUGUGUUUCAUAUCUGAAGGACAUCAAGAGGACCUCAGGAGGACUAAGAAGCCUCCAGCAAGCCCUCCGGCAGAUUCUUUCUGCAAUCUGCUAUGUCCUCAUCACCCCAUUCCUUGUAGUUGUUGGGAAAUGGAUUUUGACUUUGAUUGGAUUGGUAUCUUUCUUCUCAGUUCCCAAGGGGAGAAAAUGAAGUUCUUCCUGCAAAUAGAACAGGCCAAGGUGGAGGUAGCAGCUUCAGAACCCCAAGACAAUGGACAAAGUCAAGAUUUCACCUAAAAACAAUCAUAAGGGCUUGGCAAACCCAACAUUUGAGACCAUGGAAUCAGAGAGAAAUGGAAUGGGGGAAGUCAAGAUUUCACCUAAAAACAGUCAUAAGGGCUUGGCGAACCCAACAUUUGAGCUUAUGGAAUCAGAGACAAAUGGAAAGGAAGCACCAUCUCUUGGGGAAGAAAAUCCUGUCCAGGACAGUCAUUUUGGGAGCAGGCUCAAGAAUGUGACUCAGCCUUUCUCUAAAGCAAAGAGAUUCUGCAAGGCUCAUCGUAAAUUAUUCCACCAGGUAUUCUUAGGCAUCUUAAUCGCAGGUAAGUCUUUCACUCUCCGGGCCGCAAGUGGUGACCACAGGACCCCGGGCAGUUGCAACUGUUAUAAGUACAUGUCAGUUGCCAAGUGCCUGAAUUUUGAUGGCAUGACCAUGGAGAUCCCACAAUGGCUGUAAGUACAAGAAUCGCUUGUAAGUCCCUUUUUUCCCAGUGGCGUCAUAAUUUUGCAUGGGUCACUAAAUAAAUGGUCAUAAAGAGGGGACUCCCAGUAUUUCAGCCAGUGCUGGAACUUCUGCUCCAAACCUUUGUGAAUGGCACUAGUCUAAAUGAACUGUAUGAAUCAGCUGUGCCUAAUUUGCGGUGGUUUCUGAAGACUUGAGACCUUGGCUAUUCAAUGUUUUGAGGUCUUGAUGUUCAAUGCAUUGAGCCUUGGUGGCACAGUGGCUGUCCCCAGUGUUCAGAAUGCAGCAUUGCAGGCUAACUCUGCCCACUGCCAGCAG